AUGAAGCAGCAUUUUCCUGACUGUGUGAAGCAGGCUUGGGAUUCCGCAGACGACUCUCCGGAGGCCCUGGCUCUGCCAUUCGGGAGCUCAGAAGAUUCUGGGCCCUGGCCGCUCCCUUUCUAUCCCAAGCUGGGAGAACCCUCACCGGACAGCCUGGAACUGCUUUCCAGUCCUCCGUGGCGACUGCACUGGGUUUACUCGCAAAACGGACUCUCUGACAGAGCGCAGAGCACCCUGGAAGGAAGUUCAGCCUUGCUCGCUCAGGACCUUUGGCCCGGGACACAGACACCAGAGGCCUCUCCAGGAGACGUGGACCCUGUGGAAGAACCGGAUAGACGACGCUGGCUGUGGCCAUUUCUCCAGGACCAGCCUCCCUGCGCGGGCGACACACAACUGGACAGCCAGACUCCUGACAGCCCAAACCAUUCGGAGCGCCGACGCCCUCCUGCCACCGCUUGGUGGAGACACCCCCGGGUUUUUGCAGGCUGCUGGGAAUGGAUUCGUCGCGUGUUCCCCAAACCCUGGGGCUGCUGCCGCUAG